AUGUCUUCUGCUACCCAACGCUCACCCACUCGGGUUUCUCUGUCGUCUCUGACUCCAAAUAAUCUUGGAACGGUACGAAAGCUCAAUUCAGUGCUAUUCCCCAUCAAGUACAGCGAAAAGUUCUACCAAGACAUUUUACUGCCAGAAGUAGAGGAUUUCUGCAAGCUCAUCUACUAUAAUGAUGUUCCAGUGGGCACGAUCUGCUGCAGAGUGGAGACGAGGGACGGACAGUCAAAACUGUAUCUCAUGACCAUGGGUAUCCUGGCACCUUAUCGGUCGCGCGGCCUGGGAUCAAAGGCGUUACAGCAAGUUAUCGAAGCUGCCGCAUCCCACUCGAAGCCGAAAAUAAGUUCAAUCUAUCUGCAUGUGCAGAUCUCGAAUGAUAGUGCCAAAUCAUUCUAUGAACGGCAAGAUUUCAGGGAAGUCGGCGUGCAUCAGGGAUACUACAAGAAGAUAGUGCCUCGCGAUGCUUGGAUUCUCGAGAGAGCGAUCGAGGACGUGGAAAGCUCGGAGCAACGAUGA